AUGUAUAGAAACUCCAACCCCACAUUUUCACGCGCCGCCGAUUCCCUCAACAAUUUCAAUUUCCCCUCCCCUAUAGCGUCCUCAUUGCAGCAUCAGCAACCACUCUGCAACUACGACUCGCUAUCGCAACUCAACUCGGAGGUGAGUUACAAUAAUAAUGCUGGUGGAAAUUAUAAUAGCUGUAGCAGCGGGUGUACUAGCUACAUGGGAUCGCCGAGUUCGCUGGCGAGUUACGAGACUCAACGAGUUUCAGACCAGUUGAUGCAGAGAAGCAUUAGUAGCCACUCGCUGCAAAAGAAUCAUCCACCCCACCGUCACCAUAAUCCUUUUUCUUCUUUGUUUGCUGAAUUGCUUGAUACAGAGAAUGGUCCGGUGCGACGAGCUUAUAGUGCCGGUGACAUUCAGAGAGUUCAUGGAAUGCAACAAUAUUAUCAUCAAUCAGACAGUCCUUUGUCAACAGAGAGCAGCAUGAUAAUAGAACAAAUGAGCAGACCAGCUAGUCCUUACAGCCCACAAGAAAAGAAGGUCAGGAUUGAAAGAUAUAAAUCCAAGAGAAACCAGAGGAACUACAACAAGAAAAUUAAGUAUGUUUGCAGAAAGACAUUGGCAGACAGUAGGCCACGAAUUAGAGGAAGAUUCGCUAAGAAUGAUGAAAUUGUAAUGAAUCCUCCAAUUCAAUGGAGCCAUAAUAAUGGAGAGGAAUUAGAAGAUGAUGAUGAAGAAGAAAAUUGGGACAAUUUCUUUCACUCAUUGCUUCCUACUUCAAAUCUAUCUCAUGACGAAUUUCAACAUAAUUCUUCUUUUGGUGUGCAAUAUUGA